UUUUCUUUAGCAAAUCACAGUGUAUUCGAGGACUCUCAUAUUUGUCUGCAGAAAUCAGCUUCUGGACAGCGGUGAUGUUGGGCGCUUUAAGGAGAAAAGUUGCGACCGGAGGUUCAUCAGCUUCGGUAUUAGGGAAGUCCUUGCAGGUGAUUCGGCCGAGCGUUUCAGCAUCUAGAGUGUCUUCAAAUGUUGGAAAAGAGAUUAUGUUUCUUCAACCGAGGGGAAUUGUCCAUGUCCGCAACUUCUCUCAUCUUGUUCUACCAGGCUCUUCUGCUGGCUUGACAAAGACAAGGGAUGUCAUCUCUAGCAUUCAGUCGGAGACUAUCAUGCAAAAGUCAUGCAAGGCUUUCUCUUCUGGCGAUGGUAUGAUAUUGAUCAACGUCCUCUAUGAUAUUAAUUUUACCAAAUGCCUAUUAGCGUUUUUUCCUUGUUUAAACUGUAGAGCUUGCUAUGAAGGCUGUGCCAAUCUUAAAGCAGCAUUUCUUGUCACAGGAACAGUGCGGAAAAUGGCCUUGAAAAUGGUUGCAGACAAAGAAAAAUGGGAGGAGUUGCAGAAGUUGAAUCUCCAAGAAAAUUUGGAAUAG